CAACAAAACAGUUUACAGUGGUAUAUUUCGAAAGUACAACUUCUGCACUUCCUUUUUUCCAAAUGCACAGUGUCAGGGGUAGAAGUUAUUUGUAAGACACUAGCUCUGAAAAUCGUAGCAAAGCUGCGUUCCGCUGAAACUAGUGAAAGAAUUGGGAUAGAAUCUUUUUGAGGAAUGAAAGAAGAAUUUGUCAAGAUGAAAGACCGUUUUUGAAUGGUUACAUGUGAGUCAAAGUAAGAGAUCGCUCUGAACAUUCCACGAUCAUGGAUCUAUCUAGUGAUAUAUCUUCACAAAGUCUGACAUCAGAUUCAGAGAGGUUUGAAGACUGGGAACCAGUGUACAUUGAGCAUAAAGAAUGUAAGAAACAGUUUGUAAAUCCAAGCAAGGAGACACCUAACCAAGCCAUCCUUACCAAUGGUGUCUGUGAAUCUGAGGCUGACGAUGAGGUUGAUCUAUCUUCUACAAGCCUUGAUCUCCUGUCUGACACACACCUCACUGAUAGACUUGCUGUACUUAUUCUUGAUUUUAAUGAACUCACAUCCCUUCCUGAGUGUUUUGGGCUUGGUGCUCCAAACUUGAGAAUCCUGUCUGUGAAUGGUAAUCAGUUAAAGACACUGCCACAUAGUAUUGGAUCUCUCUCACAUCUAGAGGAGAUUCAUCUUAAUGAAAAUUGUCUUGAGUAUAUCCCAGAGUCUGUGUGUGGUUUGAUUAAGUUGAGGAUAUUAAGACUGACUGGAAACAGUGUUGAAAAACUACCUGAUGACUUCGGUGAAAUUAAUGCUUUACAAUCACUCAUCAUUGACGAGAACGGUUUGUCACAACUUCCUAAGACAUUUGGACUCCUCGAAAACUUGCAAAUGUUUGAAUGUAAUACAAACAAGUUGAUAUCCUUACCAUCAGGAUUUGGAAAGUUGAAAAACUUGAAAGUUCUUAACCUCAGCAACAAUAGCAUUGAAAAACUGCCAGACAGUUUUGGUGAUCUGAAAAGUGUUGAAUUUCUAGAUUUAUCAGCAAACCAAAUUGACCACUUGCCAAAACACUUUAACUCCAGUCAAACCCUGAAGAAGUUUUAUGCCGACAGCAACCUGAUUGGAGAGUUACCUGAGUGGAUAUCCCAGCUACCACAGGCUGUAGAAGUGUCAAUGAAAGACAAUAAGCUCGCUCACCAGGCUGUCAGUGAAAGAUUUGGACAAACAAACCAUCGAUUGAAGGUGUUAGACAUGAGUGGUAAUUUCAUGACAUCUUUACCCCACUCGAUAGGAGAGUUGACUGAGUUAGAGACUUUGCAUCUUGGCAGUGUUAUUGAUGAACUGGAAUGUCGGAACUUUCAGAAUGGUAACUGGAUAGCACAACUGCCAAACGCUUUUUGUCAGAUGGUGAAUCUCAAGGAUCUACAUCUUGAUGAGAAUCAAAUACAAGAACUACCUGAAGACUUUGGAAACUUGGUUAAUUUGGAGUUCCUUGAUCUUGGUCAGAACAUGCUCCAUGAGUUGCCCCACUCAUUUUGUAACCUGCAUUCCCUGAAGAUCUGCCUCCUGUCCAAGAACCACCUUCAGCUACUUCCUCCCAACUUCGGACAGCUCACGUCACUGAUGGAUCUCAGGAUGGACAACAACCUGAUCGCUGAGUUGCCAGAAUCAUUUGAGAAACUUGUGCAGCUGAAGACACUUGAUCUCUUCAACAACUUGUUAACUCAAGUACCGUCCUGUCUCCAACACUUCCACCAACUUGUCAGACUGGACAUUGAUGAGAACAAGCUUGGUGUGCCCCGUCAUGAGGUUCCGAUUUUGGUGCGACAGUCCAAGUACCCUCUGAGGGAUCCCUCGCUGAAAGACAACUGGAGGGGCAGGCCUCGCCAGGACUUAACUGGCCUUGAAACCUUUCAUUAUCCAGGUGCCUGAUGCCGGUCCUCCUACUGGGGAGGAAGAACAUCAUGAUGAGGAUUCGGAGAAGUACAGUGAACAGCA